CGGAGGUGCAUUAAUAAAUCUUUAAGCCUGGGAGGAAACUCUGGUUGGGGCAGUGAGCGGAGCUCUGGCGGCGAGUGGGGAACGACAGCUACGCGCGGGCGGUAGCAGAAAAGCACAACCAGCAAAACACAUCCGAGGCAACAGCCGGAGGGAGCCGGUGGUCCUCUCUCGUAAACACACACCCCUCCACCGCCACCCGCUCCUCCGCGCCGCGCGCCCGCCUGCUUUGGUGCCUGUGGCCGCUAGGACUGCUAUGUAACCUGGAGGCUGCGGGAAUCGAGUAGAGAUUGGCCCGCGGGAGCCUCUGGGGGCCAAGUUUGCCGUCACUUCUGAAGGCUCCCUCUCUUAGUCCUCACUCGCCCAUUCCUGUAGCCUAGCUGGCCCGAGUUACUUUCUCUAGCCUCCUCGCGCUCCCAAGCAGCCGCUGUUCCCGGCGACUAUGGUGACGAUGGAGGAACUGCGGGAGAUGGACUGCAGUGUGCUCAAAAGGCUGAUGAACCGGGACGAGAGCGGCGGCGGCGCGAGCGGCAGCGGCAGCCACGGCGCCCUGGGGCUGCUGAGCGGCGGCAAGUGCCUGCUGCUGGACUGCAGACCGUUCCUGGCGCACAGUGCGGGCUACAUCCGAGGUUCGGUUAACGUGCGCUGCAACACCAUAGUGCGGCGGCGGGCUAAGGGCUCCGUGAGCCUGGAGCAGAUCUUGCCCGCCGAGGAGGAGGUGCGCGCCCGCUUGCGCUCCGGCCUCUAUUCGGCGGUCAUCGUGUACGACGAACGGAGCCCGCGCGCCGAGAGCCUCCGCGAGGACAGCACCGUGUCCCUGGUAGUGCAGGCACUGCGUCGCAACGCCGAGCGCACAGACAUCUGCUUGCUCAAAGGUGGCUAUGAGAGGUUUUCCUCUGAAUACCCAGAAUUCUGUUCCAAAACCAAGACCCUGGCAGCCAUCCCUCCUCCUGUGCCUCCCAGUGCCACGGAGUCCUUGGACCUGGGCUGCAGUUCCUGUGGGACCCCUCUGCAUGACCAGGGGGGUCCCGUGGAGAUCCUUCCAUUCCUCUACCUCGGCAGUGCCUACCAUGCUGCCCGGAGAGACAUGCUGGAUGCCCUGGGGAUCACAGCCCUGUUGAAUGUCUCCUCCGACUGCCCAAACCACUUUGAAGGACACUACCAGUACAAGUGCAUCCCAGUGGAAGAUAACCACAAGGCCGACAUUGGCUCCUGGUUCAUGGAAGCCAUCGAGUACAUCGAUGCAGUGAAGGACUGCCGUGGUCGGGUGCUGGUGCACUGCCAGGCGGGCAUCUCACGCUCAGCCACCAUCUGCCUGGCUUAUCUGAUGAUGAAGAAGCGGGUCAGGCUGGAGGAGGCCUUUGAGUUCGUCAAGCAGCGCCGGAGCAUCAUCUCGCCCAACUUCAGCUUUAUGGGGCAGCUGCUGCAGUUCGAGUCCCAGGUGCUGGCCACCACCUGCGCCGCGGAGGCCGCCAGUCCCUCUGGCCCGCUGCGGGAGCGGGGCAAGGCCACCCCCACCCCCACCUCCCAGUUUGUCUUCAGCUUCCCCGUCUCCGUGGGUGUGCACUCGGCCCCCAGCAGCCUGCCAUACCUGCACAGCCCCAUCACUACCUCCCCCAGCUGUUAGAGCCCAUCUCCCAACCCCUGGAACCAGGCUUGGCUCCCAGCAAGCUUUGGGAGAGCCACCACCUGUGUGGGCAGCAAGUAGGGACUGACCAGCUGGGGGCAGGUGACCAAACUCCGUCCCCAUCCAUUUCUCCUUGGCCGACCAUGGGGCCAGCUAGAAUGGCAAUAAGGACUUUGAAUACACAUUAAAAGCAAACAAACAAAACACUCCAACUUAGAGCAAUAACGGCUGCCUCUGCAGCCAGGGAAGACCUUGGUUUGGUUUAUGUGUCAGUUUUCCUUUUCAGGUAGAAAUUUCUUACCUCAUUUUUUUAAUCAAUAAGGCUUGAAGUUAUGAAACCCACAGAUCCUGGCAAAUGUGCCCAUCCAGUUUUAUUAAGUGGGGGAGGGAGGGGGGAGGGAAAAGAAGAAAACAAGUUUGCCAGAAGUGCCUGGUUCUGUGUGCUUGUCCUUUGUUGUUGUCGUCACAGGAAUUUUGCUUUUUAAAAGACAUCUAGGAUGUGGUUUUCCUUUCUAAUUAUUCAUCGACAGGUGAAUAAUUGUGCUUAAUAAUAAAUAAAGGUAUUUAUUAAGAAUUUACUCAGAGUAUGUAUGUACAAGGAGUCCAGUGACAGUGGAUUUAGAAUAUCUUUGUGUUGAUCUCAAAACAGCAGAACACGGUAGCAUGCAAAUGUCCAAGCGGCCAGGAGGUAGAUAGAUGGUGUCUUGUAGGUGUGUGCAAGUCAGCUAAUGAUCUUGAAUUUGUUGCCACUGAGAAGCAGGCAGGAUGGGGUGGGAGGGGAAAGGAAGGGAAAGGACUGCUUUUUACUUUCUUUUGCUGCAGGUUCCUGGGCACAGAGACCACAACCAUAUAACCUUUUCUCUGAUGAUCAGUUUGGUGUUUGGAGCAUUUUUCUCAUAGGCCCAUCUAGGACAUGCCUAUUGUCUGUGAUACAGGCCCCAAGGUGCUCCUGGGAAAUUGGGUACAGUUCAGAUUUUUCUUCAGUGAAUCAUUUGGCAAGACCAUGGGGGGGAAAAAGAUUACUAAAGAUACACCUGAAAUGAAUCCUUUCAUUAGUUGAAGCACCAUCCUCUCUAUUUUGCGUAAAUUAUAGUUUUUAAUCUUAAGGAGUUUACUUGAAAUAUACCAAUACAUUGUUCCAAAAUUAAA